AUUUCACAUCCAUCUUCUUGCCGCCAAAAGCCAAAUUCCCCCAAGCCCUCCCCCCUCCCACCCCAAAUUGUGCCUGCCAAGAAGAGGCGAAGAACGCGAGGAACGGCGACGCCCAUCAAUGGAUGGCAUCCAGGACUGGACGGAGGAGGGGAUCAAGGAGGAGGAAGAGCCCGGCCUGCGGAGGCGGGGGCGGACAGCGCGGGCGCAGUCUCCUUCGGCUGAUCAUGGGCCCCUCAAAUUAUUCGGGGCGAGGUCGAGGUCGCCGUCUCCUCCGCCUGGCGCCGGGUCGAGGUCGCCGUCUCCUACGCCUAGCGUUGGGUCGAGGUCGCCGUCUCCUCCGCCUGGCGCCGGGUCGAGGCCCGUCCCCCACUCGGUGCGGACGCGAAGGUCCGCAAGGGUGACGGUUGUCCCUGCGGCUGCAGAUGGUGCCGGUUCUGGCGGCGCGGGUGGUCCUGGAGGAUCCUUCGACUGGGACCUCGGUGCCAUGGAGGAGACCGUCUCCUCGACGAGAGAUCAGAGCGCGAGGCCGAGGCUGGUCCCUCCACCGGAUACCAGCACGAGCUCCGCUUCCAUCACAGGAGGUCGAGCACAGGAGGUGGCGGCGGAACGGGAGUUCUCCUUCCCUCCGCUCGAGGCGCCGCCGAAAGUUGUCGACGCGGCGGAGGUUCUUGGCCAGUUCGCCGCCCAGUUCUUGGAGGCAACGAUGGGCGCCACCGCAGGCCCCAGGACGGAGAAGAUCAAGAAGGAGCUCCUUCUCGAUCGGAAGGUGGUCGACCUGGCGGGGCUAGAGAGGUGGCUACGAAAAAUGGAGGCGGUCGCCGAGCUCGCCUGGUUCACGGACCUGUGCUCCCACGAGGAGAAAGCGGUGCCCCCGCUCGAGCUCUUCGAGUGCGCAUUCCGGGCUCUGGAGGCCGCCCGGUCCGAUGAACUCCACCGUUGCAGCGCCGAUGCCAGGAGGUUAUGGAUUGGUCCAGUGGCCGUGCCGGAGUUCUUCUUGUGCCCUUUCUCCAAGAAGUUCAUGGAGAAACCAGUCGUCAUCACCUCUGGAAAGGUAGCUUACCAAGCUAACCGCUUGAUUGUUGUGUCAGCGUCAAUUGAGAUCCUUAAAGUUUGCUUGCUCUUCAAGUCUCUCUUGAGUCUGUUUCUGAAGAAUUUUGAGUACUGCCCUUUGGAUCAUAGGAUCUCGCUGUGGAUCAGACAUUCAAGAAGUCAGAUUGUAACUAGACACAUUUUCAUUAUUCUUCUCUAUGACAUCUUGUUUGGUUGCAGUGCAAAGACCGUUGAUCAGUCUGAACUGGAGAAAUGGUGGAAGAAAAACAAACGCAUGUGUCCAGUUACCGGCGAGGUCCUCACGCACAGCAUCUUCAUCCCUGAUGCGCUCAUUGCGCUGUACAUUUCGCGUUGGCGUGCCACAAACAGGAUCGGUGAUCUGACAGCACCCACCGAUCCACCAGCUAUCUCUCCCGAGGAGGAAGCCCUGUUCAAGGAAGUCGCCCUCUUGGCCAACUCCCCCAGGAGCUCUAAAGAGGAUUACGAGGCUAUCCUGCGCCUUCUCGCCGACCAGGAGCGGUGCUCAUUCCUGCAUCUGCUGGGGCGCAGCCUCCCAGGGACAAUAACCAAGCUCGCCUGCGUCCUGCCGGAGACAUGCCUGGAGCCUCACCCUGAGCUGGACGACGUCGUCCUGGAGAUCCUUGCCAGGGCAGCCUCCUACAGCCCCAACAAGGAGGUUUUCGGAGACGACCGGUACGCCAUACCCGUGCUGAUCGCGAGGGCAUUGCUGGGGCCAGUGCCCACCAGGGCCAAGUGCGCCCGGAUCCUUGGGCUGCUGGCUGACAACUACUACAACAAGAUCAAGAUCGGUGAGCUUGGAGGCUUUGCUCCACUGAUGGAGCUGCUGCUGGUGGGAGACAUUGAUGUGAAGAAGACGGUGGCGGUGGCUCUGGCCAGCCUGUGCGAGGCCGAGGAGAACUGGAGCAGAUUUGUGCGGGAGGGGGUGGCGGAUGCCGCCAUAUCUCUGAUGCGGAACCACAGGCUGGUGGACGAGGCUCACAGCAUCUUGUUGCAGGUCGAGGGCUUCCACCUGGCCAUGCAGGACAUCAUCGACAAGUUGGAGUCGUUCCCCGACGACGGCGACGAGAUGUGCAAGGAUAUGGUUGAUCGGCUCUGGCGUAGCUUCAUCGCAUCAUCAACACCAUCUGGUCGAGCAAGACAAGCUGACAACCACCCUCCCGAGGCGGCGGCGUCGUCAUCGUCAUCGACACCAUCAUCCUCAGAGGACGAUGUUGAGGCUAUCGUUUCAUGGCUGCAGAGGAGGUCGUACAACCACCGGACAUACAGGUGGAGAGACUAUCGCUGAUCCCUUCAUAUUCGUGGUGUAAAGAACCAACCAUAACAGGAGGCUAAAAGCAGCAGUACGUAGCUGAUCAUAACUGUAGCUCAAACAGGCAGUGAUAUAUACAGUAGUAAACCUCUGGAUGACAAGCUAUAGUGAAACAUACGGUUGGCACUGUCACUUCGAAUUCCAUGAGUUGUAGGUAAAGGCCCAAAUGUAAUUCCUGAUACAGUGCUGCUCAGUUUUCUUGCUGUACAAUGGAUCCAAUACCAUACUUUUGUUUGUGCAUAUCAGAUG